UCUGCUAUUUGACUGAAUGCAUAGGCCUAUUAUAAAAUUUGAUCUGCAGUUUUAGUGAUCAUCAAGCCGCCACAUUUAGCCUUUAUAUGUACGUGGUUACUAUACCGUAUUAUUGUCGUGUAAUAAGGCGACCCUGAGUUUGAGAAUAUUUUUGGACGAAUCCCCCCCCCCCCCCUUACUCCCGUUUCACCGUCGAAAGUUCUUACUUUUUGCUGUUCUUUUUGGUCUUGAUACUGCAUCUAGUUGGCUAAAAUUAAGCCAAAUGUCGGGCUAAUCUUUCAAAUAAUACCAUUUUAUGGACAUUUUCAUUUCAUCAAAAUCUUAUUUUUCCCAUUCAAAAUUGCGUUCGUACUAAAGCCGAACUCACGCCUUCAGACGGUCGUCGAAUAUGAUUUUAAUCUUUAACUUUGUAUUACUUUCGGCUCCACACUGUAUACCCUAUUUUUACGUGUAAUUCUUCAUUGGAGGCUAUUUUCAUUAUCUUAGACCAAGGUUAGUAAACAUUUUAUGACCUUAUGCCACCCGCUUUUCCAGGUCAUUAAAAACAACCAUGACCUAUCAUUAGCCGAUAAAUAGAUAGUAGAAUUGUAUGCAAUUUAGGUUGCGUGUAUUGUAAAUGUAUGUAUUGAACACGAUUAAUGUACUCUUAAGUUAUUAUAUUAACAAUAACAUUUCUCUUGAAAGAUCAUGCACCAUUUGAGCCAUUUGCUCAAUUAGGAAAAUGUGUCCGUGCAAAAAAAAAAAAAAAAAAAAAAAAAAAAUCUCAAUUUGGAGGAGACAAAUUCACAAAUAAAACAUUUAACAUGUUGUUAAUAAGUCAAUAUUUCUUCCUGCCAAACGCUACGUACCGAACAACCAGUCGCCUAUUUUUUUUAUGUUACAUUCAGUCCCGGAGUUAUAUAUCACUCCGUCCCAUUCUCGAAUUGGCGACUUACGAAAAGUCAAAUUACCGUUUGUGCUGAUGAUCUAGAGUGUGCAAUGACUACCAAACGUAGUAACAGCUUCAGCUUUUUUUGUGGUUUGGAAAUCGUUAUUUUAAAUUGUGUAUCUAAAUGAUGUUGACUGACUCAAUAUUAAUAAUAUUAAUAUUAGUAACCUGGAAAAACCCGUGGUAAAGGAAUGUGCGCUUUAAUUAUAAAUACUGUACUCGGUAACAAAUAACAAACAAAUGCGACAUAUAAGCAUGGACCUAUUAAUACUCUUAUUAAUAGGUCCAUGAUAUAAGCAUAUAGACCUACAAGCUCCAUGUUAUAACCAAGUUACAUGCAAAACUUUCCUUAAUUCCCAAUUGUGUAUUUGUUUAUUAGAUAAUACGACACGAAAAAUAUGAAUUGCACUCGAAUAUUGAAAAGUGUGUGAACUCUCACCGCCGAAUUAAUGAUAGGUACAAAUCAUUAGUUAAAGUUACAAUCGAUUUUUUCUGCAAUUAUUGUUAAACUUCAAUUUGGUGUAGAUUUUAUCUUGUCGGAUUACAAUAUAGUGAGUAUUUGAUUGAAAGUUCAUUUGAUUGAUUGAAGGUCAAACAAUGCAAAAGUAAAUCUGUUUCAAGGUGAUGAUUGUAUAAGAUCAGACAACACAGUUUGAAACCAUUUUUUCAGUUUUAAAUUAAGCAGUUUGUAUUGUCCUUACGGCAAUUUUUAUUGUCCUUACUGAGUGAGGGUGGGAUUGUUCGUACGCCAAUGUUUGUCUAUUUUGGCCCUAAUGGCCGCCCAUAUAUACCAUGAAGAACAAAUCUGAACAGACUGAAAGUUGACAGCCUGACGUAUGACAUUGAUGACAUAUUACUUCUGCAAAUUCCAGCUGUUGACGGAAGCGUGACUGAAAAUCUAAAUACAGACAAUUGUGAAAUCGGCCAGCAUUCAGAGUACUGCUAUAUCCACUUGGUUAUUGUUAAUAUUGGCCUAUUUAGUAUGGCUACUCGUAGAAAAGGUGGCAGUGGAGAUAGAGAUACAUAUACGAAAAUAGAAGAUCCAACGGAAAACAAAAAGCUACUAGGUCCAGAACAAAGUUAUUUGUUUGGAAAUCUGUUACAAAUCGAUGAUAAAUCCCAUUUGUCUUGGACUAAAUGGAGCGAGGAACUUGGAGCUGUUUAUGAAAUCAGUUUGGGACCGAUGGGGAAAGCUAUCGUACUUAGCGGAGCUGACGAGAUUGCAGCUGCAUAUGGACCUGGUUCAGAAAACGACAUUAAAUUCAGUGACAGGUGGAGACCACCGAUACUCGAAAAGAUUGGAUACGCAGGAAGCAUCACAUGGGAAGACUGGUUAGAGGGAGCUAAACAGAGAAAACAUCUUUUACAUGAAGUUUUCAAAAGCAUGGACAUGGAAGGACUUUUUAAGAAUGAGGUAGAUGCAGUCUGCGAAGUGUUGAGUAACAAGGAACUAGUCGACGUGUGUGAACUACUGAAUCAAGCUAACAACAACAUCCUUCUGUCGAUUACACUCAACCGAGGAGAUCGUUAUGAGUAUACAGACGACGAAUUCAAAACGUUAUCAGAAGUCAUUUUGGCAAAUAAUGACCGCUCUCUGAUAGGAAGCCCCGUAAAUUUGAUGCACUGUCUCUGGCACACUCCUUUCUACAAUUCAACACGCCGAGAUCUUGAAAAGUUGAAGACGACAAUACAACCGUAUAUUGACUCACAUCGUGCUGACUUCGACAGAGAGAACAUCCGUGACCUCAUAGAUGGCUAUCUAGGAGGGAUUGGAGAAACAUCGUUUGAUGUGCAAGAAGUUAUAAUCAAUAUCUCUAGUCUCUUUCCAUCCGCAUGCUCUUUGCGAGCUACAAUGCAGUAUAUUAUUCUGUUUGUAAUAAGCGACGAUGAUGUUCAAAAGAAGAUUCAAGAAGAGAUUGAUCGAGUUUUGAAUGAUGCUACUGAAGAGUACGAUGAAGUUUUAGCUGAUAAGAUACCAUACAUCAACGCAGUGAUCAAGGAAUCUCUGCGAUUGGCUAGUCCAGUUGGUCAGCUGCUUCCGCAUUGUCCAAUCAAAGAUACAAAGUUUGAGGGUUACGAAUUCAAAAAAGAUACACCUAUUUUUACAAACCUUUGGGGACCAAAUCACGAUCCUGAAAACUGGCCGGAUCCGUAUGUGUUUAAACCUGAUCGCUGGUUGGACACUGACGACCUGCCAACAUUUGUGCCGCUUGGAUCAGGAUUAAGACAGUGUGGUGGAUACCCAGUGGCUUUUAAAGCACUUCGCAUACUCACGUUUACUGUUUUCAAGAGAUUUCAUCUGAAAAGUGUCGAAGGGGAGAAGCUACCAACACUGGAAGAUAGCUUUAUGUUAGCUGGUACUACCCAUCCAAACCACUUCAAUGUCACUGCAACACACAGAGUGUCUUAGGCCUGCCGAUAGAAUUUCUAUGUUACCAUCUCGCCCUGUUUCGUCGGCUCGUGUAGCUUCAACGGUACACUUGAUAAUCCCCAAAACCAAACUGGAAUCCACUACCUGAAUUGUGACCUAGUAGGCUGAUGAUGGAUUUAGAGUCUGGAUACGUUCCUGACGACACAAUCUAGGCUUAUAUGGAACUAAACUAACUAUAUGUUUUUACUAUAUUAUUAGAUGGAAUCUUCGCGAAAUUUGUAAUUAACAUUUAUUAUGUUUUUCUAGUUGUAUUAUUAUUUAUUAUUUCUGUUAUUCUGCUUAUUCUAAUAUUUAAAUUUAAUUAUACAAUAGCUUUUUUUCCAAAUUAACUGUAGGCCUACUCCAUGAUAUAUUGGGUCAUAAUACUUAGUCAGGACCCUAUCGACGCAAAAUAUUGUUUCAAUUUACAGUAAUAUUUUACUUGUGGUAAAUUGAAUACCGUACUGUAUAUGUUUACUAUUUUAAUUAUAGACUAAUACUUUUUGUUAGAGAAAUGAAAUAUAAUUUCUUUUUACUAAACUUUGAGAAUUUAGAUAAAGCAAAACGAUGUAUAUAAACAGGAUAAAUCUGGGUAAAUGAGCUCUCUGAACAUAUUUAAUUUUAUUUUGCUUGCGCAUUGCGAUAACUUUAAGUUUACAUGCAAAGAGCAUGGAUUUGCGGGAGAUAGGUUAAUUUCUGGGAAAUCAUUGCUUGUCUGCUUGCGGGAAGGCCGUCCCGAUAUCCGGGAAACUCGGGACCCCUGUUACAACAACAUGUUGCAGUAUCAAGUCAUGUAUCACUACGUUAUGUAAAUGAGGUAAAUGUGAAUGUAGGAAGUAAGCCAUUACUUGCAAGUUCAUUGUGCUGAGUUUGAGGGGCGUGGAUUUUGCUCACUGUUGCAGCAGUAUGUAUGAGGCGCCAGCGUAAUGAACCAGCAUCAGGGUAGACGGUACUCGAGCCACAUAUGUAAAAUGGACCGCCGGCGUUUAGGCAUUUUCCAAGAAGACAUUUUCCAAUAACUAGUUUAAGGCUGUAAAAAUGGCGCCCCUGCAAUGUCAUGAAUUCAAUCGACUAUCAUAAUUAUUAUUGUUAUUAUCAAAACUACUGUCCAAUUAGUAUACAUACAGAUACAGGUACAGAUAUUUUUUUAUUGUCAUUUGUCAGAGAGAAAUUGUUAUGCUCAUGUUAAACCUGUUAAAUUAGAUAAGUUAAAAGUACAAGAAAACAACGAAAAUCAAUGAACUAUGUACCGGUAUCCUGGGGGGGGGGAGUCGGUCAUAUUCAAGGGUCGCAGUCUGUAUACCACACUAUUAACAAUUUAUAGGGUGUUAUAGAGGGCCCUAGCAGAUUCCUAGAAACAGCAAUAAUGUUAAAUUGACAGUUGAGAACAUCUGGAAUUGUGAUUGUUUACAAAAUAUAAUAUAACUUUUGCUUAUGAACUAUAAAAUAACAAAUCCAGUUUAUUUUAUACUUUUUAAUUGUAUCGAGUGAAGAUAAAAUAGAUGUACAGGUAUUUGAAUUUGAGUAUAGGCCAUAUAAUAUCUCGUGGACAUUUGGCUUACGGCUUUUUUAUUACUUUUCUGUGCGUCUGAAUGUCAAGUGGUUCUUAGGUGAUUAGCUUGAAAUAUUCAUUUUGGUGCACUGUAAAACCAGGACGCAAUCUUGUCCCCGCUUAUGGUGACACGUUUAAAAGAUAAAGCCAGAUUUCCAUAAAAUCGCUACACUGUCGCUUCAAUGUUUUCAGUGUAAUCGUUGUAUUGUAUUGCGUGCGGUGCCCGACGCAAUCGGGAAAGCUCCUAGAUUCUGAUUCUACCAACCAAUCAGCACCGAAUAAAGCUGCCGGCCAUAUCGUGUAGCGAUUGUAUGAAAACUCAGCCAAAAAUAGUUAAGUAUACAGUAUUUAUAUUAUGUGCUGAGGAUCUUGGCGUGUAUAGUUUAAGAAAAAUGCUUAGGUAUUUCAUAUCACUGGUCUAUGGUAUGAUUAAUAAUGCCAAAGCUCAUUUCAUGCUAGGCACGCACUGUCGCUAUGCCUAAAACACGUUAGCUUUUGCUACGCCUAAACACGUUCAUCUUUUCAACUUACUGUAUCACCAAAAGUGGGACAAGAUUGUGUGUGUACCUUCGUGUUUAACCAUUCAAAUGGGUGUCUAGAAAACUAAGAUCUAGAAAAUUAAGACCUAAGAUAUCUUAGUUUUCUAAAACUAAGAUCUAGAAAACUAAGAUUUGUACAGUCAUUGUUCAGGAAACAAUCAUUAAUGCUAGAUAAAUAUAUGAGGAAAGCAAAUAAAUAAAUAAUGACUAUCUAGGAAGCUUUAACAAUCUAAUGAAUUAAUCCAACCUGUAGAAUUUCCAUUAAUUCAAAUAAAACUAUGCCAAAUGGUCUGUACAGUAAAAUCAAGGAUAGAUUACAGUACUUCCAAAUUCCUUAGAAAAUAUGAAUCCCACUUCAGAGAUAAUGGUACAACCUUAUUUUACUGGUUUAAAAUCAAAAUAACUCAUGAUAUAAUGGUACAACCCAUCAUUAAAAAUCUUAGUUUUUCUAGGUCUAGGAAAGUAAGAUUUAUCUUAGUUUUCUAGAUCUAGAAAACUAAGAUAUCUUAGGUCUUAGUUCUCUAGAUAGUUUUCUAGACACCCCAUUCAAAGUACGGUUUCUGUCUUUUGUGGUGUAAAAUUGAUGAUGUUUAAUUUUCAUGGCCUUGGUGUCCUUUCUAGCAUUGAGGAUUUGUUUACUGCUAACAUAUUUAUAAUAAUAAACGUUGCUAAAUUCACGCAAA